AUGGUAUCGGUGCAUUCAUCUUACCAGUAUGUUAAACUGUGCUUUUUGGGGAAUAUAAUUUCAUAUAUACUAACAAUACCACAGUGUAAACGUAUUAUUUUACAAUUUGAUAAAACUGGUGGUAGUUCAAAAGGUUUAAGAGAAUUUUUGAGAAGAAGAUUAGAAAAUUAUGCCACAUCAAAUCCAAAAAUUGAAUUUAAAAUUAUAGAAAAAGCUGGUCAUCCAGUUAUAAAAGGUGAAUAUAUAAAUGGUCGUGAAAAAGCAAUUUGUAUUAGAAAUUUAAAUAUUGAUAUUAUUCAACAAAAAUUAAAUUUAUUGAGAGAAUCAAGUGGUGCUCAAUUAACUAGAACUAAAGGUAAAGUUACAAGUUUGAAUGAAAGUAUAAGAGGUAUUUGGUCUCCAUUACAUGUUGAUCCAAAAAAUAGACAUAAAAUUUAA